UGGAGUGCAGCAGCAGCUCAGAGCUCUUCGUCGUCGUCGUCGUCAUCGCUAUCGUCGUCGGGUUCAAGGGCUUCGAAUACGACGGAGGCUGGCGACGUGACGCCGGCGGAGGUGCUGGCCCAGGACUGGUUCGAGGCCAACUCGGACGCGAACGUGACGUAUCUGGCGGUGGGGGUGGACUCGGCGCUCUCGAACAUCUCUGGCAGCGACGCCAUCUGCGGGAAGGGCGUGCCGUCGCUGCAGCGGCGUACGCCGAAUGAGCUGUCCAACGGCGGCUGUCCUGCCGUCUUCACGGCUCUGAAUGGGUCCUGCACGUGUCUUCCCGACUACAACAACUCCGAAUCCUGGGGGUUCUUGGUGACGGCAAGGACCUCGGAGGAGGAAUACGACUAUCCGCUUACUAUGAACGCGACGGAUGUGCUGCCCAUCGAUUCGAUUCGAACGCUCUUGGUGCCGUCGACGGUCGUAUCGAUAUCGAUUACAGGCGUGGGGGAGGAACCUCAAGCUAUCUCCUUCGUGCCGCAAGAUGUGGACUUGCCGGGAUCCGACAUCCCCAUCGCUGUGAAUGAAGAGGCUACUAGCGACGCCACCUCCAUCACAGCCGUGUGCGUACUACGAAUAUUACCGGUUUUC